CUCUAACAGUAAAUAAUGUAUGAUUGAUAUUUGUGAGAUUUAUUCAAUGCAUAAAGUAUUGGUUAUAUUAGAAUAUUUAAAAAAAUAUAUUUAAGAUGUACUAUAGAAGACGUAAAUUUCAUCUCAUUUUUGGAAUUUCUGCAAGCAUUACAGCGUACUGUGUUAAUCUUAUGCCACAUACAAUAUUUCUUGAUAAAUUGGAGAAUACUGUUGCCUUUUAUCGUCGUGGCGUAAGACUACGUAUAAAUAAUAAAGUGAAAGAACUAUGUAAAGAGGUAAUGGAUGACUUAAAACUUCCCGAAAAUACUCAGUCUCUCAUAAAACCAUUUUAUGUUUUUGGUUUUCAUCCUUUUCAAGCUGGGACAUUAAAUAAAAUGUUUGGAGGAAUUAUUGGUAUUCCUUCAAAUUUCUUAUUUCAUGAUACUGCUGAUGCAGCAGUUGAGAAAUUAGUUAUAAAUAAUAAAGAACUUGAUCGAAUGAGAGAAGAAGCAAAUGAUUUAUUUAAUAGUUUAGUACUUUCGAAAAAUGCACAAAAAUAUGUAAUAGCACGUGAAAUUUUAAAAAUUAUGAGUAAUGAGGUAUAUUUAUCUGCAGGUAGUUUAUCUUGUAUUGUCAUUAUCAUGACAUCAAUUUAUAGUAAUAUAACACAUAAAUUUAAUUUAUAUGAGAAAAAAGCAUCAUAUCGUCGUAUAUUGUAUUUAUUUUUUACAUUAGUUGGGUGUGCUUUCUGGGUUGCAUUUAAAGAUGCUGUACGUUGUCGUAUUGAUGCUACUAUCGAUGAAAAUAUAUCACAGUUAGGUUUAAGUUAUAUAAAUGGAGGAAAGGAAUAUUAUGAAAAAGAACUGAAAAAAAAUAUUGCAUUGAGAUCACUUAUGGAAAAGGAUGGAGAAAAAUGUUAUCACAUUGAUGGAAAUGAAAAACGCUGGGGAUUUAUGUCACUCCCUCUUUCUGAGAGAAAACGUUUUUUUGAAUCAAGACACUUAAAACUAUAAAAUAUUCUAUAUGAGACACAUUUCUUACUUUAAAACAUUAUAUACAUAUUAUAUAAAUAUCUUUUAAUACAAUAUUGAACGAAUUUAGUAAGAAAUAUUUAAUUAAUUAAAAUUGUUAAUUUUUCAUAAUUAUAUUAAAUAAAAUAAUACAAUGUUUAUAUACAAUUAUUAUCAUUAUUUCAUUUCUUAACUUAUAAUUAAAUUGCUAUGUACUUUAGUUAUAUAUUAUUAUAUAAUAAUCUUGUUACAGAAACAAUUCUCUAUGUUAACAAGAUGAAAAAUUUUUUAUAAAAGCUACUACAAAUUUACAUUCGAACUUAACUUAUUAAAUGGAUAGAUAAAUUAUUUCUUUGUGAAAUAUUUCCUUUAUAUACCAUAUACUUAUAACUGUACUUAUUUCUAUCAAAUAUUAAUGCUAAAGUAUAUAUCAACUGCAGUUACAAAAAAAAAAAUUAAUUUAUACAAACAGAGCUAUAUUUAUAUAUAAGUAACAAAAGAUCAUUUUUUAGAUGGUUUGUUAAGCUAACAUAGUUCUUGAUCUCAUGAUAUUACUUAAUUAUCAUAUUAUAUAUUUUUAGUCAUCUUACAUUAUUGUAUUCUAUGUAAGGCCAAGUGAUCCAAGCUGAAAAAUGAUUAUGUAUAAUUAUUAUACUACAUGAAAAUUUGUAAUCGUUUUAAUCUAUAUAUGUGAUAUUUAAUUUAUUGUUACCAGUGUUAAUUUGUCUUCUUCUUUUUUAAGUAUUUUUGCUGUUUGUUCUUGAUCAAAUUUUACAACUGCAGCAAUUACUUUAGCAAGCACCAUUGUUUCUUUUCCCAUCAUAUAUUCAUAUAAAAUAUUUCUAAGAUAUUCUAUUUCUGUUGAGUCUUCUAAAGUUUCAUGCCUUAAUUUUACUAAUUUCCUGAGUUCAGCCAAUUCACGACUUUGUGAUGCCAAUGUUUGUUGAAAUGUAUGGAAUGAACCAGUAUUUGACUGUAUUGCAGCCAUUGCUAUACAAGAAGUAUUUUCCAAUUCCUAUAGAAAUAAUAUAUAAAAUAAAAUUAAAUGCUAUUUAAAGUACAAUGUAUUAACAUGUUACCAUUAAAAAUAAUGUUACCUCUGUUGCUGUGUCAAUUUUUGUGUCAAGCUAAAAUAAGAAUGAAAGAAAAAUUAGAAAACAAAAGCAAAACUUAAAGAAUAUAUAUAUAUAU